AGGUGUUCGUUUACGAGUGACGCUCCACCACCGCACCCACCCACCGCCACACCGACGCACCGCGCCGUCUCUCCCAUGGCGCUGACCGUGUCGGCCGGCCUGCUCGCUACCGGCGGCGGCGAGCGCAGCGCCGUGCUCGUGCGCAUCACCACCGUGCUGGCGCUUCCCGUGUGGAGCCUCGUCUGGGAUAUCCACAUCCAGAUCGCCGUGGGGAGCAGAGGCAAGGCCAAGCUCGCCUGAGGAAGGACGCAUUAGAGUAGCCCUUUGCCGCCGCCGCCACCACCGCCACCAGCACCGCAACCGCGCCGUCGCCGCCGCCGUCGCCGCCACCACCACCACCGCCACCAGCACCGCCGCUGCCGCCACUGCCGCUGCCGCCACCACCACUGCUGCCACCAUCGCGAAUUUUGGAUAAAAAAUUAUUCUGGGAGACCACGGAACGAAUCGUCGCCACGAGACGCGGGUCACCACAAGCGAACGUCGCCGAUGAAUUACCGCGGCCAGGAGGACGAUCGAACAAAAGCAUGGCCAUCUAAUUGCAAAGGGCGAGGUGAACAACAAAGCAACAACAACAACAACAACCGGAUAAAAUCAAAGCAACAAAACACGGUGAAAAUAUCUCGUCGCUCACCAUCCAUCGCCAAUCGCAAGCGAGGGGGGGGAUGAUAUCGCCCGCAUUGUCCGGGCCCCAGCGCCGCUCCGGCCGGGCAUCCUAACGACCCGACAACGGUCGCCCGCCCGCGAUGGCGUCGUCCGCGGCAUCGUCCGCGGCGGCUUCGUCCGCGCCGGGCUCCUCCGGCGGCUUCUCCUCUUGGGAGGGCGGCAACGGCAGCUCGCCGUGGGGCGGUGGCGUCUCCGCGUCCGGCUCUGGGGCCAACGGCAGCGGUUCCGGCGGCGUCGGCGGCGUGGGCGGCGUCGGCGGCGGCGUCGGCGGCGUCGGCGGCGUCGGCGACGAGCGGCACCACCAGCCGUGCCCGCUGGGCCUGUCGCAGCGCUACGCGGGCGACGUGUGCGUCCUGGAGGCGGCGGUCCUCACGCUCCUCACGGCGCUGAUCGUCGCCGGCAACCUCACGGUGAUCUUCGUGUUCCACUGCGCGCCGCUGCUGCACCACCACACCACCAGCUACUUCAUCCGCACGAUGGCCUACGCCGACCUGAGCGUGGGCCUUUCUUGCCUGGUGCCCACGCUCUCGCUGCUCCACUACGGCCCGCCGUGGGGCCUCAGCGAGCGGCUCGCCUGCAAGGCCUUCGGCUACGUGGUGUCGGUGCUCAAGAGCGUGUCGGUGGCCUGCCUGGCCUGCAUCAGCCUGGACCGCUACCUGGCGGUGACGCGACCGCUGUCGUACGGCCGGCUGGUGACGCCGUGCCGCGUCCGCUGCUCGGUGGCGGCGGUGUGCCUCUACUCGUGCGCCGUCUUCGCGCCGUCGUUCUUCGGCUGGGGCAAGCCGGGCUACCACGGCGACGUGUUCGGCUGGUGCGCCCGCUCCUGGCGGACCAACGCGGCCUACACGGCGUUUGUGGUGUGCGCUCUCUACGCGCCCGCCGCCUCCGUCGUGUGCUUCACUUACGCGCGCAUCUUCCGCAUCUGCCGCCAGCACACGCGGCAGAUCCGCGAACGCCGCGCCCGAUUCCCCAACCGCGACGCCGACGCCGGCGGCGGCGGCGACGCGGCGAACUCCGCGCCGGACCGGCGCUACGCGACGGUGCUGUUUCGCAUCACCAGCGUGUUCUACGCGCUGUGGCUGCCCUACAUCACCUACCUGCUGCUGGAGAGCGCGCGGCUCGUGGACAGCGCGCCCGUCUCUUUCCUCACCACCUGGCUGGCGAUCAGCAACAGCUUCUGCAACUGCCUCGUCUACAGCCUCUCGACCAGCGGUUUCCGCCUCGGCCUCCGCCGCCUCUCGGGCGCCGUCUGCGCCGCCUGCGCCGGCAGCGGCCGCGCCGCCCGGGGCCCCUCUCUCGCCGGCAGCACGGCCGGCGUGCAGAACGGAGCGCCGUUCCGGGCGGUCGCCGGCACCGGCGCCGGCGAGGGCCUGGGGCUCGGCUUGGGGCUGGGGGGUGACCCGUGCGAUAUUUGACCGUUCCCCUCCCCCCCCAUCCAUGGCCGCACCGGCGGAAUUUGCCUGGCAGCGGCGGCGGUGUGAUUCCGGCGUGGUGAUUUUGGUGGAGUAUUUCCGGCGGUGUAUUUCUCAGCGGUGUGAUUCUGGUGGUGUAUUUCCGGUGGUACGACUUCGGUGGUGUGUUUCCAGUGGUGCGAUUCCGGCGGUGCGUUUCCGGCGGUGUGAUUUUGGCGGCGCGAAUCUGGUGGGUGCGACUCCGGUGGGCCUCGUCGCCGUUAAAUCGUAGCCCCGCUGGGAGAGCGUGGGUUUUCUAACCGGACGGCUGGUGGGGCGGGUUCCAGCUGGUUGUCUUGGCGUUCCGGAUGAUCACGAUGUCCCUUUCUCUCGCCGAUUGAAAUGGUGCGGCGAGCUGUGCGGUGCGGAAAUGCCACCGCCCCCCCCCUCCUCCCUUCCACCCCCUCGCCAACUCUGGGAUCGAACCCAGGAGGUCCAGGCAAGCGGCCACUUCAGCUGAGCAGCAACGCAGUUGGGAUUGCGAUGGGCCAAGCGUGGUGGUUCAACUCGGAGAGAAAACUUUGCGGCAAAUUCAUCCGUGGUGGCCACUCCCCUCACCUUGCUCACCCUGCUCACCGCAGGUCCUCGCCGGCCCCGGUAAGCGGAGCCCAGUUUGGAGGGCGGCCCCCACGGUGAGACGGUCACACAGCGGGAAGGUCCCAUCAGCGGCCGAAGGACAUCUCGUCUCUCCCCGGGAGAUUGAGAUGAGGAGGAGGAGGGGGAGGAGGUGGGGGGAAGGAGGAGCGAGGUUUUGGUUUUGUUACCGAGCGACGGUGCAGCCGUCUUGGCGUUGGUUGAGCAUGACGCGAGCUUGGGGUACCCAGAAUUCCGUGGGCGUUGGUGGGUGCCGGCUGCCCCCGUCCGCCCUCCCCCUCCAAUUAUCAACGAUCACGACCUCGAUGGAUGGAGAUCAAUGGCUGGUGAAGAUGACCGCCGCCGCGGAAAAGGAGCCACGGCGGCUUGGGAGGGCGACACUCCAGAUGGAACGCGAUGCGCCGGACCCCUGGAUGGGCGGAGAAGAAGAAGAAGACGAAGACGUGGAUGAGACGCUGGGGGGAGGGGGUGUAGUGGGGGGGGGGCGCGCGGAGGAAUAUCGAUGGUGGGCGUCGCUGUCAGUCGCUGGAACAGCAAACCGUGUCCGUCCGUGCUGAGAUUCGUCGUCGUUGCAGCGCAGGGCAGUUCGGUGAAAUCUCUCUCCUCCUCUCCUCGCCAUGGGCGAGCCCGGAGCGGGGGGGUUGGCGGAUCGACCUGAGACGGACGGACGCUGGCGGAGCGCGAGGAGGUGGAUACUUCGACUUUGCUCGACCGUGGUACCGCGGCCGUUGGCAAAAUGUUCCCCGAGCCCCCCGCUCACCCCCCCACC